AUGAUAAAAGCUGUGAAGAAGCUCAAGUUGUGGCCUAGAAAGAAGAGAAAAAGAAAGACUCGCCCUCCUCCUCCACCCUAUGAUCCUCCACCACCCCCACGACCACCCCGACAUCAAUGUCAUUGUUGCUCCUCGUACACCGCCUCCUCCUCCUCAACAACUCAGCCGUCCGCACCACCUUUACCACCAUGGAUGGAAUAUACUGAGCAUACCCAUGAGAUUGACAAUCUUCUGGCGCCUGAACUACAGCGUCCUGCUCCAGAGCUAGCCUAUCAUCCACUUCCAGUUCCAAGCAAACAAGAAAGUACUGCUCCUGCUUUAAAUUCAACCUCAACUUACCAGCAAUAUAUGGUUCCGGUUCCAGAUCCAGAUCCUGUGUAUGGCGUACCAGUUGCACAAGCCCCCAUAGCAGCAAGGCCGAGAUCUGCUGGCUUCUUUGGGUCUGUUGUUGACUAUUUGUUUGGCUGCUUUUUUCCAUGUUUUCGCAUUCGUGAGGUUAUCAAGUAA